UUAAAAGUUAACUUUUAAUUUUGUGACUUUAAGCGCAAGUGUUUUAGGCAUUUGUUUGAUUGGACAUUCACAAAAAUAUAAAUGGAAAAAACCUACUUGAGACAUAUUUUAGAUAUAACUAUAAUUCAUUCACCUAGAUUUCGAUGAACAAUUUUCAAACAUAAAAUAUUUAUAUGUAAACAUCAACAAUUUAUAUUCCUUGAACUUAACAAAUAUAUUUUAACAAUCAGCUUAGAAUUAUUUAAUUAAAUGCAACGAACAAUCUACAGAUCAUUUUUAGUGUUAUCAACUAAUUAUUAAGGUUCGACAAUAUGUAGUUUAUAAACGGUAAAGAUCAUCAAAAGUUUAAAAUAGAAAAGAAAAUCGCCAUGGUAAAAAAGUUGAUAAUAUUAUUCUAAACUAUACUGGAAAAAUACUUUGUACACCCAAAAUAAUUCUAUCCGUGUUAAACGCCAAUGAAAGAAAAUAAUCUUCCGUAUUAUUUUAAAUGUUUAAUUGAAAUAGAGAAAAAAUUCUAAUUAAUUGUUAUAAAUAUAAUUAGUCGUGAAUAUUGGGAAAUAUCAAUGAUUUUUAAAAGAAAAUAAUGUAUGAAAAUUACUUUUUUGUAAACACCUUUUACGCAUUAUCUUGUGGACUUGAAACAAAAGACAAAACCUUCGAGCUAUUCUACGGAUUUUCCAUAAAUCACAACUAUUCAUCAACUAAUAAGCGGCAUAUAAUUACUAUAGGUAAUUCAUUGAUAGUUAAAUGUCGUCAUUUAAGAUUUAUAGCCGAAGAAUAUUGCAAAGCGAUCCUAUUUAAAAGACAGUCAUGAAACGACUUUUUAAUGAAUUUGUGUAUCAAGUAUUUCGUAGAUCAAGUGAUUGUCAUUGAUGAAACAAUGUGAUUAUACGUGCAUUUUUCACCGCAUAAGUUUUCAUAAACAUUUCAUUCAGUUUCAUUUAAAGUAGCUCCCUACUUACCGGGUCGUGUGCUCAACCGGUCCAACUAAAUAAUGAUGAACUGUAUUGUUAUUGCGUGUGUUCACGUCUUCUAGGCGAUGGUCGUCACUGUCUCAGUAAUGUUAGAAUAGCCGUCCGAAAAUGUCGAAUUAUCCGGGCGCGAUUGUGUGUCACCGCUGUUCCAUGGUUACCACUUUAGUGGUUAUUUCCAUCGUUUGGUUCUCUCAUUUCUCGACGGCAACCACUGAAAUCAUUUUACAGCCUGAUGGAGAACGACCCCUUAAUGGGCCAGCAGUUCUUAAAGUAAUAGACGAUGCCACUGUCAUGAAAAUCAUGAGACAGGAUAAAACUGUCUUAAGCGAAGGUAAAGAUUUGAACCAUCGCCAGGAUCAACAAUUCUUAGUAAUUGAUGGCAAUGUGUCGUGUCCCAUAACUUUGAAUCGAACAUUGAGGACUCAGCAAUUAUUAGAAACCGCUGCUGACUCUAUCACUAAAUUUCUACCAUUUAUUAUGCCUCCUGACCAUAACACUAAGUGCUACAAACACACUCUUAUGUACCUAAGCGAUCUUAAUGAUUUCAAAUUAUGGGCCACCAAAAUGUUUGACGCAUCAGCCAAGUUUUUAUCGUCGGGUUGGAUGAUCGGAAACACAUAUAAUCUUGGAAAUUUUGACGAAUGCAUCGAAAUUGAAACAUCCGUUAAUGAUGAAUUCAUACAGGGACAAUAUUGUUUAGCUGAAAUUGAAAUUAAUCCAUUAACUACUUCAAAAUACAGACCAUUGAGUGCUCAUCUUUUCAAUGAAUCUGCGUGGAGCACUAUUACGGAAUUGACAUUUGAUCCUAACAAAAGCAUGCGAAAUAGAAUCUACAUGGCACAAUGCAUACCACAUACCUGUUCUAGCGAAAAUGUUAGGACGCAUUUUGAAGGAAUUUUUAAAGAAUGGCCACAAAAGCAAGUGUUGACUUCAGUAGGAGAGAUCAAGUGUCAAACUAAAAACGAAAUUCCGUGGACUUGGGGAGCUUUUACACUCUUAACUAUUAUCGGCCUAUCAUUGAUUUUAAGUUUUGUGAGUACUGCUUAUGAUUUAUUUACAUCUAUGUCGUCAUUCCGGGAGUUUCAAUUACCUGAAAAAUCUAAGACGCAUCAAGUCCUUCAAUCAUUUUCACUUUCCAGAAAUGUGCGCAAGUUACUGACUUUCCCAAAAACAUCUGAUAAUUUAGAAUGCAUUCAUGGGUUGAAAUUUAUUUCAACUUGUUUUAUUAUUGUUGGUCAUCGUUUUAUGUUCUCCCUAGGUGCACCUAUAAUGAACACAGAAUUUAUCGAAACUUUUUACAGUAAACUUGAAGCUAUGGUGAUUCUUAAUGGUCCAAUUUUGGUCGACACUUUUUUCAUAAUAAGUGGUUUUCUUGCUUGUUAUUUACUAUUAGAACACAUUCAAAACCAUCCUAAGACUUACCGAAUAUCAUUAUUUUAUAUUCAUCGCUAUGUAAGGUUAACACCUGUGUACGCUAUCGUCUUGGCUUUUUACUGUACUCUCUUAAUCAGGAUUGGUGAUGGCCCUAUGUGGUCUGAAAAAAUAGGUGCAGAAGUAGACCGAUGUCAACUGAGUUGGUGGACAAAUAUAUUGUACAUAAACAAUUAUGUUGGAGCUGACAAAUUGUGUAUGAUCCAAUCAUGGUACAUAGCAUGCGACACACAUUUAUUUUUAACAGCCCCUAUAAUAGUGAGCUUGUUAUAUCAUAAGCCUCAACUAGGAAGAUUUGUGCUGGUUUCUAUAUUGGUUUUGUCAAUCGCUACUACAUUUUUUGUCACUUACUCAGGAAAGCUAGAUGCAUUUCUCUUGGUUCACAUAAAAAUUCUCAGGGACCCAGUGGUUAAUAAAACAUUUAAAAAUCUAUAUAUACCGACACAUACUAGGGCUACGCCGUACUAUAUCGGUAUGAUUACUGGUUUGGUUCGUCACAAAAUGAAACACACUUCCUACAAAAUAAACAAAUACAUUGUAUGGAUAAAUUGGAUGUUAUCUAUAACAUUAAUGAGCGGCACAUUAUUAUCGGCCUGGUGGUUUUACAAGCCUGACUACACAUAUGAUGCUUUUGUAGCUUCACUGUACGGUGCUUUGUAUCGAACGACAUGGGCAACUGGUGUAAGUUGGACAAUUAUCGCUGUAUCCACUGGAAAUGGAGGUUUCAUUGAACCUUUAUUAUGUUGGAAACCAGUCAUAACAUUAAGUCGAUUAACUUAUUGUGCAUUUUUAUGUCAUGGAGGCCUACAACUAUACGCCAUUGGUAACAUUAGAACUCCUUAUUAUGCUUCAUGUUUUAACUUGGUUUGGUCGUGUAUGGGAGAUAUAACUUUGUCCUUUUUAACUGCAUUUGGAUUAACUUUGCUCUACGAAUCUCCAAUUUUAGGAUUAGAAAAAAUAGUAUUUAGCAAAGUUUCAGGUGAUAAACCAAAUUAUGAAAAAAACAUCAAAACAACUAAUAUAACAAACUUAAGAGAAAAAACUGAUAGACAACAAGCGAACGACAGACCUUCAGUUUAAACAUUGUAGUUAUAAUUUUAAAACAUUUGUAACUAUAGGGUCAUUUUUUAAAUUUACGUAGUUUUGUACAGAUAUAUUUUCAUAUUUUUCUUUUUAUACUUGUAACUCUAAUGUAUAAGCAGAAAUAUUUUAACUACGUUUUCAAUAUGAUUUUAUUUAUUUUAAAUAAAUAAGAAAAAAAUGAAAUUUCUUAAAUAAUUUCAAAAAUCAAACUUUAAUUUCUACUAAUGUCAAAUAUGAAAAUGAAAAGGCAUAUGGCUUAAUACAAAUCAUUAGAGGGGAAUAAUCAGUAUUAUAAAUAUAACAUGAAACUUUUCAACUAUAAAAAACAUAUGUUAACUUUUUACUAAUAAGUAAUAAUUUUUCACCCAAUUUGAACCAAAUGAAAUAAAUAAAAUAUAUAAUACAUAUAGCGAUCAUCAGAUAAUAGCUGUCAUUGGAAUUAUAAUACAAUUAAGUUUUUUUUUUAUUACAGAAAGUCUCCAUUGGUUAUUAAACAAAUUAAUUAAUAUUUACAAUGAUUACAUUAAAUUUUGAUUUUAAUUUUUAUUAACUUGAUGUAAGAUUUUAUUAACACAAUUAUUGCAUUAACAAAUGUUAAUAAGUCACAGUGCAUUGAAUAAAUUUUCUAAGAUUGCAAAAUAUUAUUAUUAAGGAUCAGAAUUAUAUGUAUUUAUAAAUUAUUUGAAACAUGUUUUUUUUACAAGUUUGUCAUAAGAUUAUUUAGCGAUAUAGAAAUAAUUUUCAUUUUAGGGUGAAUGAACCCCCAAAACUAUAACCUCAGUAAAACACAUUAAUAAGUUUUUAAGUCAGUAUGAUGUUUUCAGAAUAACUUAAUAAAAAAUAUAAAUACAUAAAUGUAUGUAUAAAUACAUACUUUCCAAACCCUAGUUAUAAUUCUCUUAAAUUUUACCUAACAAUUAUUACAAAUUUUAAUUCUAUU